AUGGAGGAAGAGUUCCAACACUCAAAACCAGCAGAUGCCAGCGACAUCGACAUGGCAAUAAACAUGAUCCAAGAACAUGCCGAAAACAUUCAAAACAACGCCGUAGUGACGAUGCACCAAAUCAUGGCAAGCGAGAUGAAGACAAUGAUGACCCAGUUCACAGCUCAACAAAGAGACACAAACAACAAGCUAGAAGAGAUCCUCAAACAGAACUCAAACCUCAAUGGCAGAAUCCGAGACUUAGAAAACAAGCUCGACAAGGUCAACCAACAAAACGACACGAUGAGGCAGAUGAUGGCAGAUCUGAUCGCUACUGGGAUUCCGCACGGGGUCGACGCCUACUCAAGCGCAGUGCGGAACCAGGACAAAAGAGGAGACACCACGAUGAACAAGAUAAGAGCCAACGCCAAACCAUCAAUGCCCAACCAUAACCAGUCAAGCAAGACCAAGAACACUACGCCGAACAAAGCCACGGCAGUACACCACCCCUCGAGGCUAGUGGUUCGCUUUCAACCGGACGGCAUCCAAGAACAUGACAAGGUCAGCCCCGAAGAACUCACCAGGAACAUCAACAACGCCAUGUGGAAUGCAAAUGUGGUAAGAACAAUGCAAGGUAUUCCAACCAAAGACCCACCGCUGGUCGUAGCAGCCCGAUACACGGAAAGAAACUCCAGCCUGGUGAUCUCAACAUGCGAGGACCAAACAGCAGACCACCUGUUGGAGUUUUUCAACAAUUUCAAAGGAGCUCUAGCCAUAGACAUAGGAAAGUACAAACUAGAAGCACACGCCGACAAGAAAUGGUUCAAGAUACAGGUAGAUAACGUGGCCACCCUAGACUACUACAGAAACGUACUAGAACCCGACGCCAUUCUAAAGGAACUGGCAACGAACAACCCCUCAGUACAGGAGCUAACGAAGAUAGGCCACCUAUCGAUGCCUCCAAGAUGGCUGAUACCUGCCAAAGAACUAAAAUGCCAGUCAAGGAGAGGAUCCUCUUUCAUAUUCGCAACAGACAUCGAAGAGAAGGCGAUAAAAAUCGUUAAAGGAGGACACCUAGUGCUCUUUGGCCACUACUGUGGAGUCUGCCCAUUCCAAGACAGACCGCUGGUCCAACAGUGCAACGACUGCUGGAGAUUCGGUCACUUCACGAAAACCUGCAAAAACCCGAAGGCAUGCAGAAUAUGUAGCUCUGAGGAACACAACGAAAGCCGCCACCAAUCAACUUGCUCCAACUGCCAAGCAGUAGCAAUGGCAGAGGGUUAUGAAGACGACAUGAUGGGCACAUGCGACCACCACCUUAGAUGCGGCAACUGCUACCAGGCUGGAAACACCGAAAACCUGACACAUGCAGCGAACAGCAGAGACUGUCCCAUUCAAAAACAGCUAUACGGCACAGCAAGGAAUAAUGAAAAGUCGGCGAUUAAGAAGGGAACCCCAUACCAAAUCACGAACAAGAAAACAUGCAAACCCAAGAAAAAGAACGACGUAGUCGCCACCGUCACGAUCUCCAACCGCUUCAGCCUCCUCAACCCGGAUAGUGACAUGGCAGCAAAUACCACCACCACACAACAGCUAGUGAUGUGCGGGCUUGGGCCUGUAAAUUCUCAAGCCCGAGCCCUGAGCCCAAGCUCCGGGCACUAA